AUGUUGCGUGUCUUAUGGUCGACCGACACCCUCUCUCCGGAGACCACCAACACAUUGCUGCCAUUCGCUUACGCCGCCCUUUUCCUCCUAGCCUGGACAACAGCCUACCUACUCGGUAGACUUCUUCCCCGAGCCAGGGAGGAACCACUCGCCGACCAAGCCCCCCACUAUUGCCGCCCCGACGCACUCGACGACUACAACGCUUCCUCCUCCAACGUGCUGCCUCGUUUGGAACACCUACGGGAAAUGACCCGGGUUGCCCACGUGACCAACGCCCCCGGCGCCCACACGGCCACACGGCUCUUACGAACGAGAAGGGUAGGAGCCAAACUCAAGAUCGGACAACUACACCACCCCGACGACUGCGAACCCUUUGAAGUACCAAUACGGCUAUCUCGGAACAGGGACGCGCUCCAUGCGCUGGUGGACACUGGAGCCACCGGAUAUGGGUUCAUCGACGCUUCCUUUGCCAAGGCCCGCGGAUACCCCCUCAAAGAACUCGUGACCCCAAGACAUUUGCAAGUGAUCGAUGGACGAGCCAUCGCCUCCGGAGCCAUCACUCACUAUUGCAAACUCCGCCUCGAGAUGAAUAAUCAUGUGGAAGGGGCCUCCUUGUUUGUCACCAAACUCGGCGACACGAAAGUGGUCCUCGGACUCCCCUGGCUACAACACCACGCUGCCGAAAUACAGUUCGCCGACCGGUCUAUCUCCUUCCACGCCGAGCGUUGCCAACAGCACACUGCAACCCUCUGGGGCUCCACCCUCACCUGCCCCCCCUUGACCGCCUCCGUAGCCACCCUGCCGCCCCCGCCAAUACCCCCGAGACCCAGCACCGCCAUCCCCUCGCGCCCGCCACCAAUACCCCCAAGGCCAGACGCCCCUCGCCGCACCAUUACCUUCCCGAGCCCCGAGCCCAAACCCACCGUCAUCCCAGUCAACCGAUGA